CAUUUCAUUCAUUCGCGACAGCUGCGAUAUAUUCGUAUCGUAAAAAACAUACAAACAGAAUACUCUAAAAUUGCGCUCGAAAUGGAAACAAUAAAUGACAUUGGAAGCAUAUUUACGUCUAUCUCUUAUGUAUUCUUCAUUACCUACGUUGCUACUUUUGUUGUGAUUAUAAUGCACACGUCUUUGGAAGGAAAAUUUGUGUAUUAUCCUCCAUUAAUCAUAUUACUUGUCUCUUUGAUCACAUUCUUUGCAACUGCUUCGAUCAUAUGUACAUCGUCUAGGAACUGUCUGGAAGAGACUAGAUACUUUGACUCUAUGAAUUUGCCAUUCAUCGAUAAAAUGCGUCUUUUGUGCUUUCUAAAGAGAUUGGGAUCCAGACAACUGGGAGUAGAAGUUCUGGAUUUCAUAAUUACUAAGGAAUGUGCAUUCAGGAUAAUGAGAUCAACUUUUACUUUUUUCGGUACUCUUAAGACGAUAAAUGGUUUCGAACAGACCAAAGUCUGUCUUUCGGCCAAUGGCACUGAUAAGCUGAAUUUAAUGAUACAAAAUUUGACUUAA